AUGGUGACUGACCAUGAUCCACGUUUCUUGCACACCUUCUGGCAAGAAUUAAACAGGCUGCAAGGCACCGCUUUGGCUAUGAGCACCGCAUAUCAUUCUCAAACCGACGCUGAUGCACGAAACCGGUGGGUCGCAAUGUUACCAUGGGCAGGAUAUUGGUAUAAUACAGCGUUUCAGUCGUCUGCUUGUAUGACUCCCUUCAAAGUUCUGUACGGGAGGGAUCCCCCUGCUGUCACAAGGUAUAUCCUGGGCAGCAGCCCCAAUGAAUUGGUUGGAGCUUACUUGGUAGAUCGGGACAAGAUUCUGGUUCUUCUCAAAGCUAAUCUAGCGCGUGCUCAGAACCGGAUGAAGGGGAUUGCUGACAAGCAACGCAAAGAACUAAAGGCGGAAGGUAUUGUUGUGACCAAUAGAGCUGAUGUGGAGGACACCUCAUAUGCCAUUGUGGCUACGCUGACUCAGCCAGAGAGUGCAGCUGUGAAACGUAGCCAGCGCGUGAAGAUUCCAUCCAAAAGAUAA